AUGAAUAAUAAUAUACAGCAACUUUUUGAUGUUUCAACAUCGACUAUUUCAACAUUUUUUAUCAAACCUUAUCCCUAUUAUGAUUUGGUGAGUUUGAAAAACUUGGGGCGAGAUAAUUUGAAAUAUGAUCUGGAAAAAACAAUCUGAUAACUUUUCUGCAGAAGUAAAAUUUUAGGAAUCUAGCUUGUAAAUUUUUCAAUUUUUAGGAAGCUGUCCAAUGGGCGCUUAUUUUUGGUGUCUCAUUUCUCCUUGGCGUUGGAAUGGGUGCAAAUGAUGUUGCUGACGCAUUCGGAACUUCGGUUGGAACUGGAGUUGUCACACUUACUCAAGCUUUUAUCCUCGCAACAAUUGUUGAAAUGAUGGGUUCAUUAGCUAGCGGUUUCAUGGGAUCCGGAAAAUCCCUUCAAAUAAUUGACGCUCAAAUGUUUGCUGAUAAUCCCAAUGAGCUGGUUUUGGGAAAUCUUGCAAUGCUGAUUGGCUGCGCGGUUUGGCUGAUGAUUGCAACAUUUUAUAGUAUGCCAGUCUCAACAGUUCAUUCAUUGUUAGGAGCUACUCUUGGAUUUGCGUUGGUUUUAAGAGGUUUUGAGGGAAUUAUUUGGGAUCGUUUUCUGAUUGUUUGUAAGUUCCAUGUUUAAUUAAAAUCAUGAAUGACACAUAAUUUUUGCAGUAGCCUUAUGGAUUUUGGCUCCGAUUGCCUCUGCAUUCUUCACACUUCUUGUCUUUUUCAUUAUCGACGCUUUGAUUUUACAAGACAGAAAUCCUGUGCAAACCGGCUUGUUUUAUCUGCCAGUCAUUUAUUUUAUUGUGAUAUUUACCAAUGUUAUGCUUUUCAUGCAGGAUGGAAGUAGACGUAAGUUUUUUAUGCGGGAAAAAAUUAAAUUCACAGAAAAAUUGUAGCACUUCACAUGAAUGAUAUCCCGUUUUGGUAUGACGUGGCAGUUUCUAUAGGAUUAGGUGCGAUUGCUGGAUUUAUUGCCUUGUUUAUUGUGGGCCCGAUAAUGAAAAAAAGAUUGGAAAGUGAGUUUUAUAAUUUUUAUGUAACACAUCUUUAAUAUUUCGAUCACAAUUUGUGAAAGUAAAAUAGAUUAGACAGCAAGAAAGAAACAAUAUUCGAAAAAAAUAAUGUGAAGUCUACAGAAAAACCCAUGGAGCUACCUCGAAUUGCCUCAUCUCUCUCAUAUUCUUUUCCAAUUGAACCCCGCGGUUGGCUUCGAAAAGCAAUGUAUUGGGCAUUUCCUCCAAUUCGAAACGAUGAUCAAAAAGCAGUUCGACUUUUCUCAUUUCUCCAAUUGAUAACUGCUUGUUUUGCUGGUUUUGCACAUGGUGCAAAUGAUGUAAGUAAUUGUGUUGAACCAAUUCGAGAACUUGUUCAUUUAUAUAAUCAAAGUUAUAAUGAUGCAAAUACAGAGCUAAAUGUGAGUUAGCUAAUCUUCAUAGUUUUAUAAAACUUCUUUAAUAUUUAUGUAGAUCACAAUUUAUGUCGGAUUACUUUCCACAUUAGCAGUGUUAUUUGGUAUUUGGAUAUUGGGUAUUCGAGUUAUUCGAACUGUCGGUGAAAAUUUUUCAAAAAUGAAUCCCGCAACUGGAUUCGCUGUAGAAUUUGGGACUGCCAUAAUUGCCUUAGCCACAAAUAUUUAUAACAUUCCACAAAGUAUCACUCAUUGUCUAGUUGGUUCAAUUUUCGGACUUGGAUUAGUUAGAUCCGGGCCGAUUUUGAAAUGGAAAACUGUUCGAUAUGUGUUUCUGUCGUGGAUUCUAACGAUUCCAGUUUCCGGAAUGAUUUCAGCUUCUGUCAUGUAUAUUUUCCAAGUUUUUGUUGUUGUUUGA